UCGUUCAUCCAGAAAGACAAUAGACACCUCAAGCAAAAUGAAGUUCGUAGUUUUGGCUCUUGCUCUCAUCGGCGCUGCCUCCGCUGGAUUCGUUGCCCCAGCAGCCUACACCAGCUACUCUGCCCCAGUUGUAGCUACUGCUCCAGUCGCUUAUUCAGCCCCUGCUAUUGCUGCUGCUCCAGUUGCCUAUUCUGGUUCACUUGUUAAGCCAUACGCUGCCGUUGCUGCUGCUCCAAUCGCCUACUCUGGCUCACUUGUUAAGCCAUACGCUGCCGUUGCUGCUGCUCCAGUCGCCUACUCUGCCCCAGCUGUAGCUGCUGCUCCACUUGCUUACUCUGCUCCAGCUUUUGCUGCUCCAAUCGCCACUGGCUUCCACGCUGGAUACGUCGCCCCAGCUGUUGACUACUGGAAGAAGAAGGCUGCUGCCUAAGUUUUGGAUUGUUUCUGAUGGAUUGAUUUAAUGGCAAAAUAAACGAGUUGACUG